AUGGUGACCAAUCCAUCAGAGAAAAAGAGUAUUGUGGAACAGGACAACAUUAGGGCGUCAGAACAAGACAGUAGUAGGAAAUCCAAACAACACAGCGGUAGGACUAUCAAACAAGACAGCGGUAGGACUAUCAAACAAGACAGUGAUAGGACUAUCAAACAAGACAGCGGUAGGACUAUCAAACAAGACAGCGGUAGGACUAUCAAACAAGACAGUGAUAGGACUAUCAAACAAGACAGCGGUAGGACUAUCAAUAAAGACAGCGAUAGGUCAUCUAAAGAAGACAGUGUUAGGACAUCCACACAAGACAGCGGGCAACAAAAAGGACAACAAAAGGACAACAAAAAGGACAACAAAAAGGACAACAAAAAGGACAACAAAAAGGACAACAGAAAGGACAACAAAAAGGGCAACAAAAAGGACAACAAAAAGGACAACAAAAAGGACAACAGAAAGGACAACAAAAAGGGCAACAAAAAGGACAACGAAAAGGACAACAAAAAGGACAACAAAAAGGACAACAAAAAGGGCAACAAAAAGGGCAACAAAAAGGGCAACAAAAAGGACAACAAAAAGGACAACAGAACACUUGUGUCGGAUGUUUGA